AUGACCAUUUGGCCCUUCCGGAAUGAUGAUGUAGAUACCAAGUAUGAAAGUAUAGCAGAACAUCCAGAAUUAGAGUUUCCUGAUCUGGUGACACCCUACUCUGCAGAUGGCAGAUGGUGUCAAGGGCAGCUGUGUGCCUUGCACCGAGGAGGCGGAGACUCGGCAGAGCCAGCAGAGAGGGAGGCUCCGAAAACCUACACGAACUGUGCGGGCGGGGUCGGCUCCGAGGAGCGCGGGGGAGCGCCGCGCCCCAGCGACCCUCUGCGCAUGACCGCCUCUGGUUGCCUAGGCAGCGGGACGGAGUCGCCCGGAAGAGCUUCCCUUAAGGAGCUGCCGGCUCCUAAAACUCAUCCCCGAGGGUCUCGGGACCGACCAGUUCCCGAGGCAGUCUUGACCACGGCAGAGCAGAUGAAGCGCAGAGCCUGA